GUUCAAUACUGAUAGUGUGUGUGUGUGUGUGUGUGUGUGUGUGUGUGUGUGUGUGUGUGUGUGUGUGUGUGUGUGUGUGUGUGUGUGUGUGUGUGUGUGUGUGUGUGUGUGUGUGUGUGUGUGUGUGAGAGCGAAAGAAAUUGAGCUGCAGAGACACUGGCUAUCCAUGGUAGGUUAAAUAAUUCUAGUGAAGUAACCCUAGUGGACCACACUAUCUGCCACAUUGUAGAACUCCAGGUUCUGCGUCUAAUCAGCAAUCAUAGGAUUCAUUCAUGCUCCUUAGAUGCCAUGUUAGGGUUACAAACACAUUUUCUGUCAUGGUCUAUGGCCCUGAAGUAGCCUUGGCCACCCAUGUGUUAAACUCUAGUUCCGCCACUGCCAGGGAGGACACGCGGAUCAAGACACGCGGAACCAGAGACGCGGAUCCAGAGACGUGGAUCCAGAGACGCGGAUCGGAAGAGACGCGGAUCCAGGGAGGAGACGCGGAUCCAGAGACGCGGAUCAGGGGAGGAGACGAGGAUCAGGGGAAGAGACGCGGAUCCAGGGGAGACACGGGGCUGCAGGUUCGCCCCGCGGGACAGCGAGUCACUAGCGGUCGCUCCCCGCACGAGUGGCGGUCAGAUCAGGGCGAGCGCCUGAUGGACGAGCUGCUACGGGACGAGAGGACGGGAGGAUGAGAGGACCAGAGACGUUACAAAUACGUGGAUAAUCCCUUUUCAGGUUUUCCCCCCAUCCUUUUCUCUGUAAAGCCUCCUCCGUGUUUGGGCUGUGAUACAGAAGGUCUGGACUGUGAGGUGUUGACCGAAAUUACCGUCAGAGCGAAGGGGAAAGAAAGUGCGGGGAAGGGAUUCCUAUAUUUAUCCUCACAUUAUUCCCCCUCAUGUGACCGUGUCGAAACGGUCUCGGACAUUUGAAGAACAAAGAGGAGAGUUAAAGCUUUCGGCAACAAAGCACGGAAUAUGAAAUAAACUAGAGCCCAUUGGUUUCUGAUGGAGCGUGGAUGAUGCGCGUGUUCUGCUCCUUGAGCCUCUCAAUCUGAAGAGCACCUCGAGGACACCGACGGCGGUCGGCGAGCUCCUUAAAACCGGAGAACCGGCGGGGAACGGAGUCCGGUCUGAUUGGAACAUUUAGAGCGAACCGACCAAGCCAAGCGUCUCAUCCAGCACCCUUCCUGUUGGGGUGGGGAGGGUGUAGUUAACCACCUCUAGUUUAGUCGUACACUUUGCGAAGGUCGGGCCCUUAACUGGUUGUUUUUUCUUUAAGUUGUCGAUUUAAAUAGGGUGCCAUUUAAAGUGGGACCUCAUUAGUGCGCCUCGGCACAGCCCAGCGCGGAGAGGGGAUGCGCGCGCGCUCCCCCUGCAGCGCGAAACGGAACCAGUCGAACAGGUUUUGGGAAGCUGCGCACGCGACAAGCCGCCGCUGCCCGGCGAUCAGCGAGCGAUUCGAAACGUUUUUGCACGAAUUUGCGGAAGGAGUUCGACUAUCGAGACGCGCUGCGUUCUUCUCGUGCACACGGAGGAGUUAACCAGGCGUUAUAAAAGCUCCAUGACGACCAGGGGAAUCUACCGAACAGGAUAAUCUUUUUCUAUUUUUUUUUCUCUCCCCACCGGUGAGGAAGCCCAGUCCAGUCCAGUCCAGUCCAGCCCCUGAUCAGCUUAGACGUCAGCCAGACACACUCCUCCACGUCGCAGCUGGACAGAAGCCUGAUGUCUGUGCAACCAGCCGGCAGGCCAUCACUGUUACCUCUCUGUCUCCCAGUCUCUGCAAUUGGUCUUCAUGUUAAUUCUUUAUAGAGCACCCCGCCACACCGGAUAGAGCUGCCUUGGUCCCGUUGGUCGACAAUGGAGCGGCUGUGGUUGUCCUUACUGUUCCUGGCCGUGGCCUGCAAGGGCCAGCCCUGUCCCAAGCGCUGUAUGUGCCAGAGCCUCUCUCCGUCACUGGCCAUCCUCUGCUCCAAGACCGGGCUGCUUUUCGUGCCCUCGGCCAUCGACCGGCGCACCGUGGAGCUGCGACUGCAGGAAAACUUCAUAACAGCGGUCCGAAGGAGAGACUUUGCCAACAUGACAAGCUUACUCCACCUGACUCUGUCCAGAAACACCAUCAGUCAGAUCCUCCCCUCAGCCUUCAGCGACCUGCGCCGCCUCAGGGCUCUCCACCUGGACUCAAACAGGCUCACUGUGAUAAAGGAUGACCACUUCAAGGGGCUGACCAACCUGCGCCACCUGAUCCUGGCCAACAACCAGCUGCACUCCAUCUCCCCGCACGCCUUCGACGACUUUGUGACCACGCUGGAGGACCUGGACCUGAGCUACAACAACUUGGCACAGGCGCCCUGGGAGACGGUGGGGCGUCUGACCAACGUCAACACCCUCAACAUGGACCACAAUCUCAUUGAGAACGUCCCCCAGGGGGUUUUCACCAACCUCCACAAGCUGGCAAGGCUGGAUAUGACGUCCAACAAGCUGAAGAAGAUUCCCCCAGAUCCACUGUUCCUGAGGAUCCCGGUUUACGCCAAGUCUCGGGGCUCCCCGCUGUCGUCGCUGGUGCUGAGCUUCGGCGGAAACCCACUCCACUGUAACUGUGAGCUGCUGUGGCUGCGGAGGCUGACCCGCGAGGACGACCUGGAGACCUGCGCCUCCCCCGACGACCUCAGCGCCAAGUACUUCUGGACCAUCCCCGAGGAGGAGUUCAUCUGUGACCCGCCGGUGCUGACCCGGAAGUCGCCGCGCACGCUGGGCCUGGAGGGCCAGCCCGCCAGCCUCAAGUGCAAAGCCAACGGUGACCCCGAGCCUGAGGUUCACUGGAUAAGCCCUGAGGGGAGACUUAUCUCCAACAGCUCUAGGACCAUGGUGUAUCCCAACGGAAGCCUGGACAUAAACGUGACGGCCCUGAAGGAUUCUGGGAACUUUACGUGCAUUGCAUCCAACGCGGCGGGCGAGUCCACGGGGCGCGUGGAGCUGGUGGUCACCGCCAUGCCGCAUUUAGCCAACAGCACCAGCCGCAGCAGAGACCCCUCGGCCGAGCCCGCCCCCUCAGACAUUCUCAUCUCCUCCAAGGCCGUGCUGCCAGGCAACGACAGCCGGGGGGCCGAGCGAAGGGUCUCUCUGGUGGAGCUGACGGGGAACUCGGCUCUGGUCCGCUGGAACAGCCAGAGCCUCUCGUCGGGCGUGAGGAUGUUCCAGGUCCAGUACAACAGCUCCGGGGACGACACGCUGGUGUACAGGAUGAUCCCGUCCAGCAGCAACGACUUCCUGGUGCGCGACCUGGCGGCCGGCCGAUCCUACGACUUGUGCGUGCUUUCGGUGUUUGACGAUGCCGUGACCUCGCUGACUGCCACACGUCCGCUGGGCUGCCUGUCCUUCACCACGGAGACUGAGUUCAGCCAGUGCCAGGCCCUGCACAGCCACUUCCUGGGCGGGACUAUGAUCAUCAUCAUCGGCGGGAUCAUCGUGGCGUCCGUGCUGGUGUUCAUCAUCAUCCUCAUGAUCCGCUACAAGGUCUACAGCAACCAGGGCGGCAGCGGCGGCGGGGAGGGCAAGGCGGCCAUGUCCCCAUCGUCCGGCGCCGGCCCAAGGCCGCAGAGCAAUGGUCAAGGAGGAGGGGGAGGGGCGGGGCUAGGGAUGGCCAUGCCCCGCUCGGCCUCUAAAGUGACUGACAGGCAGGAGGAGCCCCACUCCAGGGUCACGUCACCCGGCCACACGCUGAGAGACACCAUGGCGCUGGUGGAGGAGGGCAGCGGCAGCCACACAGGGGCCGCCAUGAAGAGGACUGACUGUCUGGCCAAUGAGGAGCUGCUGUCGCCCACCAACUCCCGCCUCUCCUCCAGGGUUGCCAUAGAGAUGAAAAGCAGGGUGCCAUCUGUCACCAAAGAACUCACUUCUCCCAACGAACUGACAGAUCUUCCCUUCCAGACCGAGGGCUCAGCACGCGCACACCGCGGCCGAACACACACCCAGGCACACACCCACACACGCACACACACACGCACCACAGAAGACCGACGGAUGGACAGAUAGAAAAGAAAAAGAAGAUGCCAAAUCUCCACUUCUCACUCUGCAACUUCCUCAUCCACCUCCCUCUUCAUCAUCAUCUUCAUUAAAAUUGUCAGGCUAUUCUUUUCUAUAUUUUAUUUUAUUGCUAUCACGGCCAUUUCAUCAACGUAACCAGGAUCACGUGAGAUCUGCCAAUCAAUUUGGAACCUGCAAAGCACCGGUUAUAAAUGAAAAGUGUUACUGAUGAGCCUAUAAUUGGCAGUAAAUAUGACUGUACAAUGUACUCCCUAUGACCACCGUCAUCAAUACGUCGUCUUUGCCAUCUUCAUCCCCAUCUUCAUCAUAACAGUUGCUAUUUUGGUUUUCACCCACACCGCCAUCAUCGCUUCCUCCCCCACCAUUACCAUAUUAAGUAUCAUCUCACACAUCCCAAUGGGGGAGUCUGGUUGCGUUAGCACAACGUUAAAAUAUUCAUUUGCACAGUCAACACAUUUCACUGACAGGGAGAGCUGGGAAAAGCCUCAUGAAAUACCAUCCAUGUUAAACCUGGUAUCAGCCACUCCCUACCAUGACAAUAAUACUGAGGAAUCAACGAAUUAGUUUUCCAUGCGUUAAAAGGCAUGCAUGGAUAACUUGACUCACAGCUUAUCGUUGGGGUGUAAGUCUGUAAGUGUGUGUGUGCGUGUGUGUGUGCCAAUGCGUGCACGUGUGUGUCUGUUUGUGUUGGUAAAUCACAUUCACUCUCAUCAUUGUUCUUGUUCCGAGCUCAGAGGGUAGCCAGUAACAUUACAGUACAGACGGUACAGCACAGACAGUAAAGUACGGACAGUACAGUACAGACGGUACAGCACAGACAGUACAGUAAAGACUUUACAGUACAGUACAGACAUUGCAGUACAGUACAGACAAUACAGUAAAAAAGGUACAGUACAGACAAUACAGUAAAAAAGGUACAGUACAGACAUAACAGUCAAGACGGUACAGUAAAGACAGUACAGUACAGACGGUACAGAAAGUGCAGUAAAGAACAGACGCCUCACCAAUGCUGAUGGAAGACAUAUUCAUACAUGAGUCCCUCUCACUCUCUCUCUCGCUACUGCUCGUGUUCCUCUUAGCUUUUCUUUGGGCUUUAUAUUUUGUAUGUGUACAUAAAACAAUUUCAAAUCUUAUAGUUUUGUACAUGUAAUUUUUAUGGUGUGUUGACUUUUUUCUAAUAAAAUAAAAUAAAAAAGAUGAGAGACCCUA